UGCGGGUCUGAAGCUAGAUACUCUUAGCGUGGAGAGGCGCUGAUAGGAUGCGUCUGCGCAUGCGUAAUUAGGCUUCUGCAUAAACCAUGCUUAUCUUCUCUUAAGUGUUAGAAGGUGCUAAAACGGUAUUAUUGUAUAGUCUGUCUGCAGUAACAGUUUAGUAGUUCAUUUCUAAUGAGCAAAACAAUACAAUUAGUGCAUUAGAGUCUUGUUUCAUUAUGUGCAAAGUUCGCCUAUGAACCAAUCUUAAAUGCAAAUACCUUGUUUGCUUACUCUUCAUUAGAAGAAACCGGAAACAGAGUUGAGAUGGAAUCAAAAGUGGAUGUUCUGAAGAUGACCUAUUUAUCUAAAUUAAGCCAAAAAUAUUCAGAAAAACCAUGGAGUGAGACCAUUCAGCUGGUGCACAGAUGCAUGGGAAAAUCUAGGACAGACAGCAGGCACUAUGAGCCAAUCAUGAGAUGUCUGCAGAAACUCCAGGAAGCUCAGAAUGUGACCUCUCUGAGUGCUAUGGUGACCAGACUGGAGAUGAUUGCCAAACAGAGGGGACUGGGCUCGCACUUGAGUCCCACAGAGACUGCGUGCUAUCUGACAGCUGAUCUGUUCUAUGUGGAGGUGCUGCUGCUGCCUGGGGGAGAGGUUGAGGAUGUGAAAGUCGCUCAGCAUGGAGAAGCUCCUGAGUCAAAUGCAUCACUUUGUCAGUUGUUAAGGAUGAAGAAAUUUAAGGAAUUCUCACUCAGGAUGGGCGAUCUUGCGUCUCUCUACAAUGUACCAGGCGACGGUGAUACCAGGCUAAAGGUGCUCAAAUCUCUUCAGCAUCUGCAGAAAGACCUACUGAAAAUCUCCAAUUUACCAAGACAUUUGAUAGCGAGUGACGCUCAUGUUGAUCUGGUUCUGAAUGGCAGAAUCGGGAGUAUUACACCUAGCAAAGAAGGAAACCCAAUGAGCAUUGAGUACUACAUCAGCCCCUCAGAUGCUAUGAUGGAGAGGUUACAUCCAGGAGAGGGCAACCGUAGCCAGGCUGCUGUGGUGGUGGUGGUGGGUGCCAGUGCCACUACACACAGGUUGCAGAUGGAGUCUCUGAUUCCCACACCACCUCAAGUGGACUCCACAGGGCUCCCUGCUUUCAUCCCGCUGUCCGAAACAUGCUCCGAGUUACUGCCAGCCUUCUUCCUUCUCAAAAUGAAGCCACCAGUGCCCAUGCUCAGCUCCUUCAUCCACAAGAUGAGCCAAAUAACAGACCUUCCCCCAGAUGCUGACCUGCAGGGGGAGCCACUUUUCCAGUUGCUCCAGUUGACUGCUCUAGAGGACAAGAGGUCCUGUGAUGGAAAGGAUGCUCUCUUUCUUGUGUCUCUGCCGGAUGCCGAGUUUCACAGCUAUUUGUUCACUACUGCUGAAUGGAAGUGUGACUUCUGGAAAGGAUCCCUAAUUCACACGGUUCCUUUCACGCAUCCUGCCCACGUGCCUGCCUUAUUGGACCUCCUCCGGUAUCAGUCUGCCGUCAACACCCUACUGGCGAGCUGCAUCACCAGCCUUAAGCACCAACCAGAGUUAGUGUGUGACCUUAGCGGUGAAAUCGUACCCGAGUCUGACUGUAGCUUUUCUGUGACCUUCAGCAUCCCGGACAGCGAGACACUAGCAGUUUUGCUUGUUUCUGUGGUGAAUUGUCAUCAGCUGCGCUGCAGGCUCCUAAUGCCUGGUACAGUGGAUCAGUCUCUCGAUGAUUAUAUCUCCAGAGUCCUCACACGGUGCAUGUCUAUCCCCAUCACUUUGAGAGCUAUACGGAAGAGGUUAUCCAGCUUGAGGCCACCAGCACUACCACUUGAACCUGAGUCUGCUAGGAAGGCUGUGAGUUCAUCCUCUACACCUGCACACUGUGCUGUAGAAAACACUCCAGCCAUUCUCCCUCCUGCCAUGCUCUCCCCUGAGCCCAUGGAGGAGGACGGGCUUCCCUCUAACCCUGGCCACUAUGUCAUGUCUGUAGCUGCUGCUCCGGCAGUUGAUGUUGCUAAUACAGAUGCGAUUGCUAACCGUUCCAACUGUGCCUCUGUGAGUGUUUAUUCACACUGGGUGGCCAGCAGCUUUCCAGCUGAGCUGGUUUAGAAUAGUGGAAAGGGAUGAUUGUAUCCGAGAUGUAUGUAGUAAAAUAUUUGUUUUGAAGAAAGUCAUUAAUAAAGCUAUUUUAAAUAAAAAAUAUUUUUUUAAAUAA